UUAAAUACGACAGCGAAGGGGAGGAGGUACGGAGAUGAAAAUAGUCUCUAUAAACUGUAGCAAAAGUUGUUUUAAAACGUUGCUGAAGGAUUUUAAAACAACACAGAGAGAUUAACAUCGCAUUUAAAAUAGAUUUAAGGAUGAACUGUUCACAUCCGGUGACGUCAGAUCUCACGCCAGACGAGAAGUCAGAGCUUGACACCAUUAGCAUGCAUAAGAAAACUCUCAUGAAAGACAUACAGGAACUGAAGAUGAAAAUAGACAACGUGAUCUUGGAAAUUGAAGAUUUUGAGCAAUCGCAAGAAAACAAAAAUGUUGAAAAAGGGAAACAGUUAUCUGUUGGGAAGAAAAAAUUUAACAUGGACCCAAAAAAGGGAAUGAAGUAUUUGAUCAGUAAUAAUCUUUUGGUUUGGGAACCCAAGCCUGUGGCUGAAUUUCUUUACAAGGAAGAAGGACUCAAUAAGACAGCUAUUGGUGACUUCCUAGGAGAACGGGAUGAUAUGUACAUCCAAAUUUUGAAGGCUUUUGUGGAACUUCAUGAAUUUUCGGAUCUCAAUCUUGUCCAGGCUUUGAGGCAGUUUCUGUGGAGUUUCCGGCUGCCCGGAGAGGCACAGAAGAUUGAUCGGAUGAUGGAAAAUUUCGCUAGCCGAUACUGUGAUUGCAAUCCCAACGUCUUUCAAUCCACAGACACCUGCUAUAUCUUAUCCUUCGCCAUCAUCAUGCUGAACACCAGUCUGCACAACCCCAACGUGAAGGACAAACCUGGCCUGGACAGAUUCAUCUCCAUGAACAGAGGCAUCAACAACGGGGGGGACCUGCCCCACGACCUCCUCCACAAACUGUUCGAAAGCAUCCGGAACGAACCAUUUAAAAUCCCGGAGGAUGAUGGGAAUGACGUCACGCACACGUUUUUUAACCCCGAACGGGAGGGCUGGCUAAUGAAACUGGGUGGAAGAGUAAAAACUUGGAAAAGAAGAUGGUUCAUUUUAACUGAUAGCUGCCUCUAUUACUUCGAAUACACAACAGAUAAAGAACCCAGAGGGAUUAUUCCUCUUGAGAAUCUCUGUGUUAAAGAGGUAGAGGACCCUCGGAAAUCACACUGCCUGGAGUUGUUCAACCCGAACAGCAGGGGGCAGAAGAUCAAGGCGUGCAAGACUGAGACGGACGGAAGGGUGGUUGAGGGGAAGCAUCAGUCCUACAAGAUCUCAGCGUCGAGCGCGGAGGAGAGGGAGCAGUGGAUCAAGUCUAUCAGAGCUAGCAUUACAAAACACCCCUUCUAUGAUCUGGUGUCGGUUCGGAAGAGGAAAGUGAUUAGCAACGGGACAUCGGAGUGACUCUGCCUGCCAGCCUCCUUCAGCAGGAUCCACAGCUGAUGGGCAUCGCUGUCUACCAUGCGGAUCUGUGCAAUACAUUUAGGGUUUCUGAGACCCCCCGCUAUACAAAGAAAAUGGAAAUCUGUGCAUCUGUGCCAGAGACUGUGGCUGCAUUUGUUCACUUUACCCCUUUCCCUGCUUUUAAAAAAAAAAUUAAACACAGUAAAUAUAUAUAUAUAUCAAAUGUCCCGCCUUUGUGACUGGUAUCGAUCCUUGAUUCGUUCUAAACACUUUCGACCCGCCCCCCCAGACGACUGAGUGACAGCGAGUCCCGGCAUCUCUAUUGGAUGUAAAACGAGGGUUAAAACGAGGCAACAGUUAAGAGGUUUGUUCGCGGGUUCAGACACGGAGGAUUUAAAACAGAAUUGAAAAUUGAGGCGAAAUAUACAUUUCAUACAGUAUAUGAUAUUGAUGUGAUCCAGCCCUCUGAAGUGUCUUUAUAAUAUACAGAGCUAGACCCUGAUAUUGAUGCGAUCCAGCCCUCUGAAAUGUCUUUAUAAUAUACAGCGCUAGACCCUCAUAUCGAUGCGAUCCAGCCCUCUGAAAUGUCUUUAUAAUAUACAGCGCUAGACCCUGAUAUUGAUGCGAUCCAGCCCUCUGAAAUGUCUUUAUAAUAUACAGCGCUAGACCCCGAUGUCGAUGCGAUCCAGCCCUCUGAAAUGUCUUUAUAAUAUACAGCGCUAGACCCUGAUAUUGAUGCGAUCCAGCCCUCUGAAAUGUCUUUAUAAUAUACAGCGCUAGACCCUGAUAUUGAUGCGAUCCAGCCCUCUGAAAUGUCUUUAUAAUAUACAGCACUAGACCCUGAUAUCGAUGCGAUCCAGCCCUCUGAAAUGUCUUUAUAAUAUACAGCGCUAGACCCUGAUAUUGAUGCGAUCCAGCCCUCUGAAAUGUCUUUAUAAUAUACAGCCCUAGACCCUGAUAUUGAUGCGAUCCAGCCCUCUGAAAUGUCUUUAUAAUAUACAGCGCUAGACCCUGAUAUCGAUGCGAUCCAGCCCUCUGAAAUGUCUUUAUAAUAUACAGCGCUAGACCCUGAUAUUGAUGCGAUCCAGCCCUCUGAAAUGUCUUUAUAAUAUACAGUGCUAGACCCUGAUAUUGAUGCGAUCCAGCCCUCUGAAAUGUCUUUAUAAUAUACAGCACUAGACCCUGAUAUUGAUGCGAUCCAGCCCUCUGAAAUGUCUUUAUAAUAUACAGCGCUAGACCCUGAUAUUGAUGCGAUCCACCCCUCUGAAAUGUCUUUAUAAUAUACAGCGCUAGACCCUGAUAUUGAUGUGAUCCAGCCCUCUGAAAUGUCUUUAUAAUAUACAGCGCUAGACCCUGAUAUCGAUGCGAUCCAGCCCUCUGAAAUGUCUUUAUAAUAUACAGCGCUAGACCCUGAUAUUGAUGCGAUCCAGCCCUCUGAAAUGUCUUUAUAAUAUACAGUGCUAGACCCUGAUAUUGAUGCGAUCCAGCCCUCUGAAAUGUCUUUAUAAUAUACAGCACUAGACCCUGAUAUUGAUGCGAUCCAGCCCUCUGAAAUGUCUUUAUAAUAUACAGCGCUAGACCCUGAUAUUGAUGCGAUCCACCCCUCUGAAAUGUCUUUAUAAUAUACAGCGCUAGACCCUGAUAUUGAUGUGAUCCAGUCCUCUGAAAUGUCUUUAUAAUAUACAGCGCUAGACUCUGAUAUUGAUGCGAUCCAGCCCUCUGAAAUGUCUUUAUAAUAUACAGCGCUAGACCCUGAUAUUGAUGCGAUCCAGCCCUCUGAAAUCCCAUGUUGUAUAUUUCAAUGUAAAUACAUUUCACCCAAUUGAAAGUAUAUAUAAAAAAAAUAUUAAAAAAUAUUGUACAGCUUUCAGAAAACUUUGAAAAAAUGUGUAUGUUUUUAUAUAUUUUUUAAAAUUAAUUUAAUGGAUAUUUUGUAUUAUUAUUAUUUUCACAUUGUUGAGAAAAUAUCACAUUUCCGGUCUGUAAUUAUGUACGUUUAUACCAUGAAAAAAAUAAAUUGAAAUUCAAAACUA